AUGGCCCAUACUUUACGUGAUAUUUAUUUAUCUUCAGUAAUACCAAUAUCACUAACAUCUAUAACCAAAUUCAUACCAACAGGUUCGAGUUAUUUAGUUACGAUACUUCAUAACGAUAAGAACUAUCCAACACCGAUAUAUCUUCUUAGCGAUAAAUUACUCUUAGAUCUAUUUAUCAUUAACAUGUCAUCAGAUAAUAUCUCUAGGAAAAAAUCCUACAGGUGGGCAAGUGCUACACAAACAAGUUAUGAUGGUGCUGAUUGGGAUUCAAGUGACGAUGACGAUACUGGUACCACUAAACGAGAAAUAGAUACAGGAAAACCAAGACUACCCAGUCUACCGAAACUGAAUUAUUCAAACGAAGACAUGGAGAAAGAGAAUAAUGAGCUUCCAACGCCAGGCAUUAAAACUAACAGAGAAGAAUCGUCCUCAUAUCUCGAGACUCCAACAUUGAAUAGAGGAGAAGAUUUAAUACCAAAACGGAACUCUCCCGUUAGGGCUGUCAAUGAUGAUUUGGAUAAUUUAAUGUUACAAAUUUCAAAAGAAAUGACACCAAAAAUUGGAAAUGAAAGUGUCUUUGUGGACCAACCAAUAUCAGAUGAUAAUUCAAAAAGUAAUACUCCUUAUUUCAAUGCAUCCGCCUCUAUAGGAGAUUCAAAAUCUGACCUGAAUAUGGCCAGGCAUGAGGCACUGGAGACAAAUGUAAAACAAGAAGAAGACGAAGAAAAAGGUGAUGAAGACGACGACGAUGAUAUUUCCAUACCGGAAAAAGGUUUCUUUUCAAAAUAUAUUGAAUCAGAGGAAGCACAUGAAACGAAUGAUGGCAUCAAUAAUAAUGAGGUUACAUCAAUCAUAAGUAACGAAGGACUGCCCAUUGAGAAUUCUGUAACUACUGACGUUGCUGAGCAAGAUGGUGAAGUAGCACCUGAACAGGAUAAGGAAUCAUCUGAUAUGAUUUACAAAAACGAGAAAAAUGAAACGACAGAUAUAAGACCAAGAAAACCUUCAAAUGGUGACAUAAAUGAAUUUCAAGAGGGAGGCUCUGCUCAUCAUCAAAUAGAAUCUGACAUAUCCGAAGGAAAAGGGGAAGCUCGAAUUACAGAGCAAAACUCGAAGAUAGAAGACAGGAAAGGGCGACUACCAAUAGAGAAAAAAACAUACGCCUAUGGGACAGGACAACAUCAGGAAAAUGAAUCAGUACACGAUGAAGGCGAAGAUAAAGAUGAUGAAACAUAUGAUGAUAGUGAUGACAGUUAUCUUGAUAGAUUAUCUUACACCAAAUCAAUAAAAUAUACAACCAGAAAUCCCAGUACAAACUUUAGUAGUAGAUCUGUCUCUGCAGACGAUGAAGAGGAUGAAGAGGAUGAAGAUUUUAAAUUUUCAAACAAAAAUAGACAGUCGAUAAUAGAUUCUAGUGAUGAUGAAGAGGGCACAGACUCAGAUUCUUCUUUCAAAGUAUCCAAAUCAGGUUAUUUUGGAAAGAUGGUUGAACAAGACAGUGAAAAAAGUGAUACAACUGAUCAUGAAGUAGAUAAUAAUAAAGAUUCAACUGAUGAUGUCAUUUCCCUUCCACAAACGAUUAUAAGUUCAGAAGAAGAAGAAGAACAAGAAAGCAAAAAGGUAAUUGAUGGAAAAGAAGCAAUUGUUGGUGAUAUAAGGCAAUCGCCAUUAGUAGAAGACAGUGUAUCUGAGAAACAAGACGAUAGCUCAUCUAUUUUAAGUUCAGAGCACGAGAAGACGAUAGAGGCAAUUGAUGGAAAAGAUGCGGAAUCCACGGAGAAAGGCACCACUGAAACACAUUCCAGUGAUGACGAUGGUUCUAUCAGGGAAUCAGUUAACUUCGAGAGUUGGAAACCAGAUACGGAUGCACUCAGAUCAGGUUUUGUUCAAGACACGAACAAAAGGGCUCCUCCAGGCUUUGUUUACGAUGAUAGUGGAAAAUUAAUAGAUCUGACUCCAUCUAGUAUGAAGUCAAGCGCAGUUUCUACGUAUUCAGAAAUGGAAAGUUCUUGGAAUGCAUUUCCUUCAGGCCAGAACGGAGGUGAUGAUUUAGAGACGAUCAGAGAUACUAAAACUUUAUAUGACAAUAAUACCAUCUAUAAUGUCCCAGGUUUAGUCACAAAUAAUGAUAAUUUACCACCGCUACCAAAUAAUAUACUGACAGAGAUUACUGCUGGUAAUAUAAUGACUCGUUCGCCUACGGCAACUUCUGAUAUUGAGAAAAGAUCAGUCAAAUCCAACCAUUCUGAAGCAACUAUCGUUCCUAAACCUGAUUCCGAACAAUUAGCUAGAUUAAAUGGUCCACAUAAGAUCCCAACUUUGAAUUUGAAUGAAGUUAUUAGUAGUAAAAAUUCUCAUUCCCAAAAAAUCGAAAUUCUGCAGAACUAUUCUAAGGAACUAGCUGAGUAUGAUACAGGAAUACAGACAUGGAUAAACUAUUCAUUGAAAUCAAAUUCACAAUCAAAUAAUGAUCUUCUUCUUGAUGAAUAUAAGAACAAUAACCAUGUACGAGAAGCUUAUGCUAACGCUGAAGAAUUGAGUAAGAAAAACACUGUCAUAAAUACUGUUGUGUCUGUUAACCAAAAUGUUACACAUUUAAGGAAAAAGGUUUUUUCCCAUUCUAUGAAGUCAAGAGGUUUAUUGUCAUCAAUCGGGAAGAAAAUAAUAGAGAAAUAG